CUCUCUCUCAGGCAGAUCUCCAGAAGGGAUUAAAAAUCCUUCCUUUUUUAACUCUCUUUCCUCGCGCUCCGGUCUCGGAAACCCUGGGCUCGAGCCGUGACACUUCGGAGAUCACAUUCGAAGAGUCCGUCUCUGGAUUGAGGAAAUGUCGUACCCGCUGGAGCAGCAGCAGCAGCAGCAACCGCCGCCGCCUCCACCAAUGUACGAGGUGGUGUCGAAGUCAAGCGGCGGGGGGUCGUACGGGCCGGUGAUCGGCGUCAUUGCCGUCAUCGCCGUGCUCGGCGUCAUUGCCGGGAUCGUGGGCCGGCUCUGCUCCGGGCGGAGGAUAUUCGGGUACGGCUACGACUUCGAGGGGUGGAUCGAGCGCAAGUGUGCCUCGUGCAUCGACGGGAGAGUCGAGCUCCGCCCACCUCCGCCGCCGGUGGCCUCGCCGGCGGCGGUGCCGGGUGCGAAUGGAGGCGGCGGUAGUGCAACGGCGGCUCCGCCGGUGGGAACGCGGCCGGAGGGGAAGCAGGCGGAACGGCUGGCGCGGAACCCGCCACCGCCGGCGGCGGCCGCCGAGACCUGAGCGUGUUCUCGAACUAUGUGUGGAAUGGGGUCCUUCUUCCUUAUUCCUUUUUUAAAAAAUAUUUAUUUCCCCUUUUUUUUGGGUUUAUGUUUGGUCUUUUGGGAGUCUCUUUUUGUUUUUUGUUUUCCAUAUGGGUUGUGGUUACAUGGAAGCCAUGGCGUCACAAAUCAAAAAGCUGAGGUCUUCCAUGGUGAUGUUAUAACUUGAGUUGAGAUGGAAAGGAUUGGGUCUUUGUUUC